GUUAGCGUUUGUGGAGAGACAGAGCCCUUUAUUCGAUUUCGGAAAAGGUAAGGAGGAGGACAUAUUCACUAUUUCUCCUUUUCCUCUCUCAAGUGACAGUCACCGAGUCACGUACGCAUCUUUCAGUCUUCACCCACCCGAGAGAAAAAAACAGAGAAAGAGAAAGAGAAGAAGUGGAAAUGGAAGGAAGAAGGAGAGAAGUGGUUGUUUCGUCUCUUCAAUUCGCCUGCUCCGACGAUAUCUCCUCCAACGUCGCCUCCGCUGAAAGGCUGGUCAGAGAAGCACACGCCAAAGGAGCCAACAUCGUUCUUAUUCAGGAGCUUUUUGAGGGAUAUUACUUCUGUCAAGCACAAAGAGAGGACUACUUUCAGCGAGCCAAGCCUUACAAGGACCAUCCUACCAUUGCAAGGAUGCAGACGCUGGCCAAGGAGCUGGGUGUUGUGAUACCCGUUAGCUUCUUUGAGGAGGCAAAUACUGCGCAUUACAACUCUAUUGCCAUUAUCGACGCUGAUGGAACUGAUCUCGGAAUCUAUAGGAAGUCCCAUAUUCCUGAUGGACCAGGAUAUCAAGAGAAAUUUUAUUUCAAUCCUGGAGACACUGGCUUUAAGGUUUUCCAGACAAAGUUUGCAAAAAUUGGAGUUGCUAUAUGUUGGGAUCAAUGGUUUCCCGAGGCAGCUCGAGCUAUGGUUCUACAGGGUGCUGAAGUACUGUUUUAUCCCACUGCCAUUGGUUCUGAGCCUCAAGACCAGGGGUUGGAUUCGCGUGAUCAUUGGAGGAGAGUCAUGCAAGGGCAUGCUGGAGCUAAUGUGGUGCCUCUAGUUGCUUCGAACCGCAUAGGGAAGGAAACAAUUGAAACCGAGCAUGGACCGAGUCAGAUCACUUUCUAUGGAAAUUCCUUCAUUGCCGGACCGACGGGUGAAAUUGUAGCCGAGGCCGAUGACAAAACGGAAGCUGUUCUCGUGGCGAAGUUUGAUCUUGAGAAGAUCAAGUCGAAAAGGCAAAGCUGGGGAGUGUUUCGUGACCGCCGUCCAGAUUUGUACAAGGUGCUUCUUACAAUGGACGGUAACCUUUGAAAUCUUAUCCUGUUGAAAUCUUUGUUCCGUAAGAUGACACUGGGAAAAAUUCUGUUUCCAUAAGACCUUACAAUAAGUUUCAUUUGUAUUUUUCUUCAAUAAAUAGAGCUCUCCUACAUUUGCUGGCUCUUUCAUGGCUGCCAGUUUUGCUUACAUAAACACAUUAAUCGUUUGUGUUUGGCAUCAACAUAAUGAAUAAUAUACUUUUUUUCUUA